AUGUCAUCACCACCACUUGAUCGACUUCCGCUUCUAUCAAGCUCAAGAUUAACUUUCGAGUUCUUUACAGGGGUGUCGAACUUCAGAGGCCUAUUUGGGGGUGGCCGCCUGAUAAGUGUGGCAGUCAUCAGCUUAGCGGGAGUUGAGUUGGGGCCCACUGGCGUGCUUUGUACAGACACUGUCUCAACGGAUUUUACACAUUUGACCGAAUUUUCUAAGCUAUCGACGGAAGCUCUUUGUGUGAAGCGGGGUUUAAACGAUGGAGGCAGAAGUGAUGAUGCGAAUGGUUUUCUUCCGAACAGUGGUGUCUCUGUCAUUGAAUGUGAAGUUGAGGGCUGUACAGAAUUUUCACUUGCAUUUUUCUUCGGUCGACUAAAAGGUUCUGGCAGAGGUCCCUCUGGUACUUCUUCGCCCUGA